AUGGAAAACAAUGGCAAAACAAUUAUUUUGAAGUUUAAAUAUAAAGGAAAUAAAAGACCAACUAUUGAAAAUGGACCAUUUGGCGAUGAGAAGUAUCGCUUCGAGUUAAUGUACUUCAAUUGGUUAAACGAGAGUUUGGUUUCAACUAAUGAUGAGAAAAAGGAAUUGCCCAUUGAGAUACAUGCAUUGUUCACGAAUGUCAGAUAUGCUAACUUGGAGACGGCUUCCAUAAAGAACCUUGGAAUUGCAGUUAUUUCUAAUAAGUAUUCGGCCACUGAGAUUAAGUACAAAUCCUAUUUCUACGAAUUCUUAAAAAAUGUUAAAAACCCAAAGGAGAAAUUUGAAUUGCAUAAAUCGGAGAAUCUCCCGUUGUCUAUGAUAAUGUCGACAUACCUCGAAUAUCACACUUAUGUAGGUAAGAGUACGAUAGCCCAACCGGGAUCAUGUGGUGGUGAUGUUAUAUGGCUGGAUUUUAUUGAACCCUUGACAAUAAUGCCAGAAGAGGUUCAAUACUUUCGUGAUCUCUUGUCAAGUGAUGGUAUUCCUAUGAUGAACACGAUUAUAAACACCAAUCUACCGAAUUCAUCAGUAUAUCUGGCCAUCGAUAGUUACAAUUAUGCAUCAAAUGGCGGGACUGCCGAAAAUUUCGAAGGUUUUGGAGUAUCAAUUGAUUCUGCGAAGUCAUCAAUACAAAAGAAAUAUUUUUUUAUUAUUUUUAUAGAAUGUAUUAUUCUGCAAUUCGUAUUUUAAAGUUGUGCCGUAAACGGAUCAUAAAAUAAAAUUUGCAAUUAGCUUUUGUCAUUUUUAUACCCUCGACAAUAGGACGGGGGUAUAAUAAUUUCGUCA